AUGGACUCACCAGUUAUGGAUAUUCUGUCUUCAAGUGCACUGGUUUCUACAUUAGAUACAUCGUCAAUUGUGGAAGAAUCAAAAGUUGAUCAAUAUGUUAGUUCAUAUGUUUCAUCGGAGGUUAGUGAACAAAACGUUGCUUCUAAUGCCAAAACUAGUAGUGACAUACAAGCUAGUUCUCAGUCGCUUGUCAGUAUUGAAACCGAAUCAUCAAUAGCUUCACUGUCUAUUAAUUCUGUUUAUUAUUCAUCAGUAUCCAAAGAAUCCACUGUUACAUUCAUUUCCGAAACCACCGAAUCCACAAUUGUUCCAUCUUUGUCAUCUCAAGUGAACAAAUUUUCAAUCGAAUCUCAAGGUUCUCCAGAAGAACAAUCAUCUUCCAGCGGUUAUGAUACUACUUCUCAUACAGAAGGUGUCACCAUUACUGUCACCUCCGAAUCCACUAGAACUACUAUUGUUCCAAUUCCGGUAAUUCAUGGUGGCGAAGUUGCCUCUGAAUCUCACGCUGUUCCAGAUCAAGAUAGUAUCGAAGGUGCUUCUUCUUUAUCAGAUGCUGUUGUCACAACUGUUAUUUCUCAAACUACUGAGACUACUGUUGUUACUUUCCUAACUUCUGAGGGUUCCAAUGUUCCAUCUCAAUCCCAAUGUGUUUCACAAGAGCAAUCAUCUACUUCUAAUGACAAUACUUCGUUUGAAUCACAAUCCAGUUCAAUUCAAUCUUCUCAAGAUGGCAAUAUUUCAUCCAGAUCUCAAGGUAGUUCUCAAUAUCAAUCAUCUACUUCCAAUGUCAAAUCUACAAGUCAAGCAGAAAGUUUCUCCAGAAGUGUUACUUCUCAAGUCGCUGAAUCCCAAUCCAGUUCGAUUCAAUCAACUGAAUCUCAAGGUAGUUCACAACAACAAGCAUCUUCUACCAGUGAUGAAAUUAAAUCUGAAGUCGAAGGUUUCUCCAGUAGUGGCACCUCCCAAUCCACUGAAACUACUUUUGUUCCACACUCAAGUUCUGAAGUUGGUGACAUUCCAACUGAAUCUCAUGGGGUUCCAGAGCAAGAAAGUAUUGAUGGUUCUUCUUCUUUAUCAGCUGGUUUUGUCACAACUAUUACUUCUCAAACUACUGAGACUACUGUUGUUCCUUUCCCAACUAGUUCUGGGAACGAAGUGCCAGUUGCAUCUGAAGGGGGUAGUGAAAUCUCAACUAAGUCUCAAGCUGUUCCACAAGAAUCAAGUGAAGAUGGUAAUGAAGUUUCAACCGACUCUACUGUUUCUCCAGAAGUGUCAUCAACUGAAGUUGGUUAUACUCCAGUUCAAUCUCAAGGUGUUCCAGAGCAAGAAAGUAUCGAUAGUCCUAAUUCUCAGCCAAAUGGUGUUGUCACAACUGUUACUUCCCAAACCACAGAGACUACUGUUGUUCCAUUCCCGACUUCUGAAGGCAACAAUGUUCCAUCUCAAUCAUCAAGUGUCCCAGAGCAAGGUAACAUCAUUCCUUCUGUCUCUACCGCAUCUACUGGUGGCAAUGGUUCUGGAUCUGCUUCUGGUCAACAACCUACUGGCGGUUCUCAUUCUGGUGAUGAGUCUGCAAGUGAUACCACUUCUGAGAAUGUUACUCAAACGAAUGGUGUUCCACCUGCAACUGUUUCCCAACCAUCUGGUGCUGUCUCUGGUUCUGAAUCAGUCUCUGGUUCUGUCUCAAGCUCUGACUCUGACUCUGUUUCUGGGUCUGGCUCUGGUUCCUCCAAAUCAGAUGGUGUUGCUGCUUCUACAUCCACUUCUAGUGUUUCUACUGGUCAUGGUGGUCAACAACCUUACAAUUCCAUCCCAGCAAGUGACUUUGUUUCCAAGACUGUCGGUGAUGAUGCUCCAAUUUCAACCAGUGUCAGCACUGAAACUACUAAUGUCGCUAACCCACCUAUUCCAUCCACCAUGGUUACAAGUACUAGUAAUGGUUCUGGUAUUCCACAAGUCUCUGUAUCCAUUCCACUAGUUUCUUCUGUAUCCAUUCCACAAGCAUCUGCAUCUGAGUCCAACCCAUUAACAGUUCCAACUUAUGAAGGUACUGCCUCAUUUACUCAAAUUUCUUCAUUUAUGGUUAUUAUUUUCACAUUAUUGUCUGUCAUCGUUUAG